AUGGCUACCCCCGCUACUUGCACCAGGUUCACGGAUGAAUACCAGCUGUACGAGGAGCUUGGAAAGGGCGCGUUCUCAGUGGUGCGGAGGUGUGUAAAGAAGUCAUCGGGACAGGAAUAUGCUGCAAAAAUCAUCAACACUAAGAAAUUGUCUGCAAGAGACCAUCAGAAACUGGAGAGAGAAGCGCGGAUCUGUCGUCUCCUAAAACACCCCAAUAUUGUGCGGCUCCACGACAGCAUUUCAGAGGAAGGUUUUCACUACCUCGUCUUUGACCUGGUGACGGGGGGAGAGCUCUUCGAAGACAUCGUAGCCAGAGAAUACUACAGUGAAGCCGACGCCAGACUUAACCAGAAUUUGCCCACAAAUGGGAUCAGGGCCAUUUCUUUCCACAACAUGGGCUUGGGUUGGACGUGA